AUGACAGAACAACCUCGAAUCCUGCGUCCACGCCCAAGAAGGCCCUUCGACCUUACACCGGCAUCAACCGAAUCCUCCGGACCUCCAACCCCCGCCGAAUCGACCAGCACGGAUUACCUCAACCCCAGCGCCGCGCCAGAAACAGGGCCCAAUUCCACGAGCGUCAGUCGCACCGGCUCAAUUAUGAACCUCACCUCCUCAACUCUGUACGGCAUCUACUCGCCAACGGCAUUUGACAGCCUGCGCGAUGAAUCCAGCCCCUGGGGCACAGAAGUCAAUUCUCCGGCAUCAGAGUUCCCGCCCGAGCCGUCGCAGCUCGCAGCAGAAAAGUCGGCCAUUGAACCGCGGCGAAUGGCGCUGCGGCGCACACGCUCGCGGUUGAGUCAGGGACUGUUCCGCGGUGUGAUCUUGCCGCAGAUUCUGAGCAGUGCACUGCUGUUUGGAUUUGGCAUUGCUUACGGGGUAAUUACGAUGCAUCUCCAUGAGAACCAUUGGAUUACCCCUGUUAAGCUGGAGAAUGUUCAUUACUAUGAUUCAUGGCAGUACUUGGGUAUUUGGGGAUUGGCUGGUAUUGCGCUGGGCAAUUUGCUUCCUUGGUUGGAUGGCUGGCGUGAGGGCGAGCUUGAGAAGGCUGAUUCCAAGCACGCGAGUAACGACGAAGAGCGCGAGGACCGGACUCCAUCUUGGGUUACUGUUGCUCGGAGUGUUGGUGCUUUUGUUGGGAUCGCCUUUGCUAUGCGGAGACUCCCUUGGCAAUCUACCACACAAGCCUCUCUUACCCUCGCCCUCGCCAAUCCCGUUCUCUGGUACCUCAUUGACCGUACCACGACCGGCUUCGUCCUUUCGACUACAGUUGGCUUGGCCGGUAUGGGAGUGGUUCUCGGCCUCAAGCCAGAGCUGGUACCUGCGUCCACUGGUCCUUCAUUUGGUACGAGCAUUCUGAAUGGCACUGGACUGGAGAAUGCGCUUGGAGCAGGCAUCACGCAGGAGAGCAUUGCGGUCCGCACUUGGGUCGCGAGCGUCAUUUUCUGCGCGUGCGUGUGCUUUGGAAACGUUGGCCGUCAGCUGGCCAUCGGUGCUGGCAGCAGAAAUACCCUGAAGCCAUAG